AUGAAGUCGGAAGUGAACGAGUGGUACAGAGGCCGUAAUGUUUUCGUUACUGGUGCCUCGGGCCUCAUGGGGAAAGUUCUUAUCGAAAAGAUUCUUUACAGCGUGCCCGAUGUAGGCUGCGUGUACGCAUUGGUGCGCUCGAAACGUGGCAAAACACCGGAAUCACGCAUCGAAGACAUGUGGAAACUACCGUUGUUCUCAAGAAUAAGGGAAGAGAAACCACAUGUAAUGAAGAAAUUGAUCCCAGUAUCAGGUGACAUCAUGAACGACAAUCUAGGAAUUGACUCAAAACUACUUGAACAGAUAUAUGAUGAGGUGUCGGUUGUUUUUCAUUUUGCGGCCAGCCUCCGCCUAGAAGCACCUUUGAAGGAAGGCCUUGAGAUGAACACAAGGGGCACUAUGCGAGUGCUUGAUGUAGCCAAAAGGAUAAAGAACCUCGUAUCUUUCGUACAUCUUUCUACUGCAUUUUGUUAUCCUGACUACGUGAGGAUGGCAGAAAAGGUUCACGAUCCACCAGUAAAUCCGCACGAAGUGUUGCGUGCCGCGACUUGGCUCACUGACGAGCAGGUCAAACUCUUGACCCCUUCCAUUCUGCAGAAACACGCAAAUUCCUAUACAUAUUCGAAGAGACUAGCAGAAGCUCUAGUUAAAGAGCACUAUCCAGAGCUACCAGUAUCUGUCGUUCGGCCGAGUAUUGUGACUCCUUCGUAUAAAGAACCAUUACAAGGAUGGGUGGACAAUUUAAACGGACCCAUCGGUCUUAUGGUAGGCGCCGGGAAGGGCGUCAUUCGAUCCAUGUAUUGCAUUGGUCAUUACCACGCCGAGGUGAUACCAGUGGACAUUGCAAUCAACGCUAUAAUCGUUAUUCCUUACUACAUCAACAGUCAAUCUGAAAGAAGUCCUGAAAUCCCAGUCUUCAACUUAACAUCAGGUGAUGACAGGACUACGACUUGGAAAGAAGUACUUGAUGUGGGGAAAGCUACGGCCCGUAAAUAUCCUUUCGAAGGUCCACUUUGGUACCCUGGCGGCAACAUACGACAUAACAAGUUUAUUCAUGACCUCUGUGUUUUAUUCUUUCACAUUCUUCCGGCUUACCUCAUCGAUUUUUUAAUGCUCAUAUUUGGACAAAAAAGAUUUAUGGUUCGUAUUCAGAACCGUAUAUCAGUUGGGCUGGAAGUCUUACAAUACUUUACGACUCGCGAAUGGUGGUUUGAUACAAACAAUUUCAAGGCACUAUCGACAAUCCUAAACCCUACAGAUAUCAAGACGUUUUCAAUGGACUUAAACAUUAUCGAAGUGGAACCAUACAUAGAAAGCUGCUUGAUUGGGGGGAAAUUGUAUUGUCUGAAGGAAAAACUUGAAAAUCUUCCCAAAGCGAGACUACAAAAUAAUAUACUCUUCGUUCUUGAUACAUUAGUUUCUGCGUUCCUGUUCUAUCUUCUGCCGUUAUAUAUCCUAGUUUCUUACUUCGAGCCGUUCAGGAUGCUGCUAUCAUACGGAGGACCGUUUGUGCGUUACCUCCCACUCGUGGGCAAAGUAGUGUUCCCUGAAGCGUGA